AUGCAGCCCGCUUCAGAUGUCAAAGUAGAGCGUGACGAGAUCAAAUCUGACCAUCAGGAUGAGCGGAUAUACCUUGAAGGCUUCCGUCUCGCCAUCGUCCUAGCUAGCGUGACUCUUGUAACCUUCUUGGUUCUACUGGAUACAUCGAUCCUCGGUACAGCCAUCCCUCGUAUUACUACUGAAUUCCACUCGCUUUCUGACGUUGGUUGGUACAUCGGCGCAUACAACCUAACUGCUGCAACCCUGCAGCCAUUGUCGGGCAAACUGUACUCUAAGUUCAGCAACAAAUACACUUACCUCACCUUCACAAUGGUCUUCGAAAUCGGCUCAUUGGUAUGCGGUCUUGCCAAAUCCUCCUCGAUCUUCAUCUGCGGCCGCGUCAUCGCCGGUCUGGGCGCUGCCGGCCUCUUCAACGGCGCUCUCACAAUCAUUUCCAGCUCUGUCCCGCUCGACAAAAGCCCGAUAUAUACAGGCAUACUUGCUGGUAUCACACAGCUCGGGAUCGUUGCUGGGCCGCUCAUCGGCGGUGCACUGACUGAGCACGUAAGCUGGCGGUGGUGUUUCUACAUCAAUUUGCCGGUAGGCGGGGCGGCGGCAGCGGUGUUAUUUAUGUUUAUCACAGUCCCCGAGAUCGUACAGAAAGAGCCACUAUCGGCGGCGUUGAUCUUAAAGGUCUUACCGGAACUUGAUCUGAUAGGUUUCGCGCUCUUUGCACCUACUGCGACUAUGUUUCUCAUGGCUUUGCAAUUCGGCAGCGGCAACACGUACGCCUGGAAUAGCGCGACAGUUAUCGGGUUGUUUUGUGGCUCUGGCGUCGCAGCCUUGAUCUUCAUCGGUUGGGAGUUCAGGGUGGGCGAUCGGGCUAUGAUACCUGGCAGUAUGCUCCGGAAGCGCAUCGUGUGGACUAGUUGCAUCUUCGGUGCGGCCCUCAUGUGCUGCAACAUUAUCUCCAGCAAUUGGCUACCGACAUAUUUUCAGGCUGUAAAGGGUGAAGGGCCAACGUUGAGUGGCAUUCAUAUACUACCGAGCGUUCUCGGUGCUUUACUGACCAUUAUCGUUACGGGGGCUGCAAUCUCAAGAUUAGGAUACUACCUUCCUUGGGGUUUCUUCUGCGGUCUCGUCACUGCAAUUGGAGCAGGUCUCAUUUCCAUGUGGACGCCUACAACGAGCACGGCUCGGUGGGUUGGAUACCAGAUCCUGUUCGGAGCCGGUCGAGGAGCUGGCAUGCAAGUCCCUAUCAUUGCCGCCCAAAAUGCCGUGCCAGCAGCUCAAAUACCCAUUGCAAUGGCCACACUCAUCUUCUUCCAGAACUUCAGCGUUUCAAUCGCCGCUGUUGUCAGCAACACAAUAUUUUCUCAGACGUUGGCUGCUACGAUACCAAAGUAUGCACCUUCAGUAUCGCCAGCUGCAGCGUUAGAAGCCGGUUCUGGUGCUAGCGCCGUUCGAGACAUCAUACCCAUUGGCCAUGCAGACGAACUCGAUGGUCUACUGAGAGCGUACUCCGAAAGCUUGCGAAAUAUUUUCUAUCUUUUGGCCGGACUUGCCGUAUUGGCGACUGUGGCCAGCUCUGGGAUGGGUUUGAAAGAUGUCCGCAAAAAGCCUCAGAGCCAGGGUUCGAAGACGUCAAUGUCAAAAGACGGCAGCCAAGUGUAGACUUGCGCUACGUGGCCUUAAUUUGAGAAUUGUCUGGCUGGGGGUUGUAAGCUUGAAGGUGGGCUCAGAGAUGUUUGAGGUUGUUCAGGAUCGAGCGUGGUGACGCUAUAAGCGGCCGCGGACAAGAUUCACUGAAUCUUAGCAUCGAGCACGUCGAGGACAGGCAUUGACGAUGACAAUGUCGGAUUGCAAGUUCAGCCGCAUAAGCCCCAGUUUGCGGACGCGGGAAGAUGCGGGGUCAUCUAGCGCCUGUCAAGGCAGGGCAACAGGUGUUCACAGGGGAGAUGCGUAGAAGAUUUGUAGUAUGUUUGGAGCAAUAUCAAGAGAU